AUGAGCUCCAGCGAUGAUAGUUCACCAAGAAAAUCAGGCGAAUGUCAGAGAUUCUUUGGUUAUGGCAAGAGAAUUCCUAGAGAUGUGAAACGUCACUGUGGAAUGUGCAGACAACAUUCUUUGGUUGUGGAAACACGUGGCCAUAUUUGCCCAUUCAAAAAUUGCGGAUGCGAAAAGUGCAAACUCGUCCGUCAACGCCGUUCCAUCAUGUCGACGCAAAUUCGCUUACGUCGAGAGCAGGAUAAGAGGUUUCAGCGCACAACCAAUGCCUCUGAAGCCGACGUCAUACCACUAAAUACGGUAUUCGAGACCGACAAACGUGACGACAUCAACACAUGCUAUUUUUGUCAGAAAUGCAAAAAUCAUGGAAUUUUGAUGUGGAAGAAGGACCACAAGAGAAACUGUGAAUAUGCGAACUGUCGCUGUGAACAAUGCGAUCUGAUUGACACAAGAAGAGCACUCGACAGACACAUCAAGAAGAACAAAACCUUAAAGACAAGCAGUUCAUGUGAAAGCUCAUCGUCGAGCUCGUCGGAAGAUUCCAGCCACAGCUACGAAAGUGUCGGUGGUCCAUUGUCAUCAGUCAGCGCAGCAAUGUCAGCAUCGCUGCCCAGUAGUUUGGAGACGUCUCCCACGCUUCCGAUGUGCGACAUACCGCUACUGAAAUCGACAACGGAACAGCCUCUACUCGUGUCUCCAUUCCCAUCACCAUUCCUCGGCUCGCCAUCGCCAAUACAGCCUUUACCACUUGCUUCGAUAUUUUACGGAGGGCUUCUACCAAAUCCUUCCGUUAACUUUGUCACUUCCAAUAUUCUAAGCGCACUAUCGCCAUUUGAAAUACAGAUUCUGCUAGCAAAUAUGAGAGCUUGCAGUGAUAUUGGCGCGUGCAUGAACUAUUGA